CUGUCAGCUGGAAAGUGUAUAAAAGGAUGGAUUGAGCAUCCCCUGAGUGCUCCACUGGAAUUCUCACCAGCAGACAGCACCAUGUCUGACCAGAACGUCCGCAACGCUGGAUUCACUCCUUCUGGGAUCGCAGCAGGAUCCCUUGCUUCAUCAAUGAUGUCCCACGAAGCGAGAUCCUCUGGGGGAGGUGUGCCUUCUGGAGGCUCCACUUCUACUCUCCAGGGAAUGGGUGCCAAGGGCACGACCCAUUCAUCAGGUUUUACCAGCAGUGGGAUCUCUGGUGGAUCCAAGGCCUCCAGCAUGAUGUCCAAGGAGGCCACAUCUUACGGAGGUGGAGUUCCCAGAGGUGGCACAACUUCCACUGUCCAGUCCAUCUCCAUGGGUGGAAAGGGAGGAAGACGCUGAACAGAAGAAAAACAUCAGCCCAGAAGUAAGCUCUGCAAGCAGUUCAGCCUUCACCAUCGGCUUUGACAACUUCUCCCCUUCACUGAUCUCCCUGUUAUGAAAGGCAAUCCCCAUGCACAAAUAAAGUUUCUGUUAAAAUGA